AUGCGAAGCAGCAUCGCGAAGAAGACCCCCGAGAGGGACCGGGAGGGAGGAAACAGUUCGACGAACAAAGGAGCAGAAGGGACCAAAAAGGAAGUGGUGAUAUCGGCCGACGUUCUGCAGCUGAGCGAGUGCAGAGAGGAGGAGGAGGCGGAAGGGGGGGGUGCCUUUACCAGUUCGACGCAUGGGCAGCGGGAUCAGUGGAAGAGAGAGGAGGCCGCUUAUCAGAGAAGACACAGCAGUAGCUUUGGAAAGCACGAUGGUGGUACCCCGAACAGCGAAAAGAACGAAGACCCAUUUGAGCGAACCAGCUAUUAUGGGGCCCAAAACAGGAGAAAAAAAAAAAAAAAAAAAAACCAAAUCCAAAUGUUUAGAGUUCAAAAUUAUAUAUACAAAGCGUUCACCUCGGUGCUCAGCUUAUUCAUUGUCGUUUUGAUUCUUUACGCGUCCAUCGAAAUAUCAACUAAUUAUGGGCCCAUCAUUAUUGUUUACAUAAUAAUACUGGAGUUUGGGAGCAUGCUCAUUUCGUAUAUCUUACUGCAGUUCCCUUUUUUCUAUCGAAUCAUUAAGAACGUGUUUACUCGGGCGAGGAACGUCAACAAGUACUCCCACCAGUACAAGCCGUUUUACUACGACAGCCCGUCGAACAGCGAGGACAAGGACUCCAUCAGCAUCGAGAGGGGCAAGCGCAAGAGGCGCAGGAACACCUUCGCCCUCUUCAGCAUCAACCGGAAUAAUAAGCGCUACAGCAUUAAGACGCUCUUCACGGGGUACAAGUCCAAGAGGGGGAAGAAGAAGGGCAGGCGGGGGGAGGCGGCUGGGGUAGCUGCUAACGGGGCAGCCAGCGGAGUUGCCGCCAGCGGAGUAGCGGCCGGCGGAGUUGCCCCUAACGCAGUCGCCGCGGGCAGCUACAAGCGGCAGAGCAUCUACCUGGACGACUGCAACAUGUGGAUGAACAGCGACAUGAAGAAGGUGAACAAGAAGAAAAAUUUUAACCUGUCGAGGUCCCUGAGCUUCAACAUAAAGUUGAGUGAUGAGAACCACAUGAUGAUGAAGGACUCGGCUAGUCUAGAUAACAUAAAAAUAUUGCUGGGUCAUCAGACGAGCAAAUUUGUGGCGAACAAGAACAAGCUGAAGGCGAGGAAGUCAUCGAUAUAUAACAAGUACGUGCCGCUGACCUUCACUUCGUCUUAUAAGAACAACAUGGUGACUCAGUUUUUGAAGGCCCACACGGAGAACAUGCGCUCGGUGAGUUCGGAGUACUCGUCGUCGGGCAGCGAGGGGGACUCGGGCAGGUACAAGAAGCUGUACAUAGGGAAGCGCGGCGCGGGAGGCGCGGUGAAGCACACCGGGGGCAGCGCGGCGGAAGAUGUGGUGAAGCACACUGCCAGGAGCGCGGCCGACGAUGGUGCCGACGAUGGUGCCGACGAUGGUGCAGACGAUGGUGCAGACGAUGGUGCCGACGAUGGUGCAGACGAUGGUGCGAAUCACACCGCCGGCAGCGCGGACGACGAUGAGAGCGGGCCCAAGCACAUGAUGAACCGGGAGAUAAAAUCGCACAGCAAGGACCACGCGGACGUGGCGGCCACGCUCUACGCGGCGAAGAGCGCAAUCCUGUUCAGCAACAAAAAAAAAAAAAAAAAAAAAGAGUACAAAAGGUUAAUCAAAGGGAGAACGAGGUACUUCAAAAGAAUUAGGUGCAUAAACAGAGUGAAGAAGUUUUUUUAUUUCUUCAUCAAUUACAAUAUGAAGUCCUCCAAAUCGACGAACAAUUUGUUCCUCUUCUUCAGAGGGGUGUCCCUCUACGUGAAGCACCGCUUCAUGCACUAUUUGUCCUACGAACCGGUGUGGAUCAUCGCCAUUUUGAUUCGCAUCGUUCUGUGGUGCAUCGUGUGGCUAUGGGCAGCUAGCUACAUGGAGAGGAAGCCCAAGAACUUUCAAAUAACAGAAUGGAACAUGAAGAACGUGCCUUCGCUCUACGGCUACAUCGAGUGCACCUUCCAGUGGUGCGGCGUAUUUGACUACUUCUUCGGGCUCUAUUUCACCAACAAUAAGUUGAAAUAUAUUUUUUCCUUCUUCUCUCUGAUCGAUUUUAUAACCACUCCAGUAUCUUCCCUAAUUAUGAACGCCAUGUGCGAAAAUAAGUACAGCCAGAAUUACUGGUUUUUAAUAUUGGGCCCCCUUCGCUUCUUAAGACUCGUGAGAGCGGAGAGCACCAUCAGCUCCUGCUUCUUCUGGUUGAGUGAUGUAAAAAUUAUAAUAAUUGGGAUUAUCAUUUUGGCCUUGGCUAUCCUGUUUACCUUUUCAGGGAUAAUGUACAUUUUGGAAGCACCGGAUGUAGAGCGCGCCUUUGUAACUCCCCUCGAUUUUGUAUACUUCGGAGUGAUAACCAUGUCGACGGUUGGGUAUGGAGACUACACCCCGGUGACUCCAGCGGGGAAGUACCUCACCAUGUUUAUUAUAAUCACCUGCAUCAGUUUCGUCGGAGCGCAGUUUAAGCGGCUGAAGGAGGCCAUGUUUAGCCCCAAAACGAUUAUGGGGAUCAUUCCCAAGCAGGACGACGACUACAUUUUGAUUCUCGGCCCAGUGAGCCCCACGCAGCUCCUUUACAUUUGCAAAGCGAUAAAUAAUAGCUUCCCCAACUCAGUAGAGUGCAUUUUUCUGUUUACACCCCUGCCAGUUGUGACCUACCGGUUCGUUUACGGAAGCAUCGUGAAGAACACCAACAUUAAGGUGUGCAUAAACGGGGGAAACGAAUGCUUCAUCUGCCCGAGUAUCAUUUACGAUGCGGUGAUCAACGCGAGGGCGCUGUACAUUCUAAACAACGUAGACGCGGAGAAGUACACCCUGCUGUACCAGCAGAUCUUCCUCGCCAGCAGCAACUUAAAUUUGAGUGCCGGCGACCACAGCCAGAGGAUCAACCCCAAUGACAUCCUGCAUAAUAACAUAAUAAAUAAGCUCAACCGGGACAAGCCGAAGGUGUGGAAAUAUGCAGACCUCCUCUCCGAUUAUAAAAACGAAAUUAACAAAAAUAAUAUGAACAACUUAGAAAUGAAUAUGAACAUUAAUAACUCCCAUGUGGUGAAGGAGAAGGACGACCAGGAGUGCAUCCUCCGCUUCAUAGGCACCUACAAUAUCUGCCAUACGCUCAUCCCCAUCACCCUGCAACUUUCCAAUAAUACCUAUGAGGAGCUGGUCAAAUUUAUGAAGGUGUAUAACUACCUCAGCAUGGAAGAGCUCAAGUAUGCCCUUCUCGCGAAAAGCGUCAACUGUAAGGGCCUCUUCUUUUUAAUUAUUAAUUUUUUUUACAAGCCUAAGGCGGUGAAGAGUCUGAAGAAAUACAUCAUCGAUUUGAAGCUGCUCAUGUACAAUCGGAUUCUUAAGCGGAAGAACAGGGAGAAGAUGACCAAUGGGGGGGUCAAGAUCCACAAGAUCAGCGAGAUUUCCUCCUCCAGCUCCGGCACGUCCUUCGGGGGGAUCGUCCCCUACCUCAAGGGGCGGAAGUCCCACACGGGGAGCACUCCCAAGGGGGGAACCAUCCACACAUCUGACACUCCCAAGGGGGGGCGCACCCACGUAGCGCAUACCACGAAGGGGGAGCGCACCCCCCACAGUAGCAGCGAACCGGGGGAAAACAAAAUAACCAUACGGACCAAGGGGAGACCGCACCCCGAGAGCUACAACGAAAUGCUCCUCCUCAACUCCCUGGACGAUCUCGAUUUCGCAAACACCCCCAACUACCGAAACUAUUACCACAUGCUGGAGAGGGUCAGUCUAAAUAUGUACUACUACCUGGAGGGCCUAAAGUACAACAUAUAUCGCUUCCAAUUCCCGGAGUGCAUGAGGGGCUUCCUUUUUCAAACGGCCACGGAGUACCUCUACCAGAAGUACAGUGCCUUCCUCAUCGGCAUAAUAACCAUCAACAAAGAGAUUUUUUUAAACCCCGUGGACUACAUCAUUGGGGAGGAGAACAAGUUUUACUACACAUCCGCCUUUUCGGGCAUCAUCCUGACCACCAGCCUCGACAACCUCAUUAAGCUCUCCUCCAUUAAGAACAUCUCGAAGAAGGUCUAUGAGUACAACGACCGCCGCAUCAGCGAGCGCUUCCGGGGGAGAGCGGGGGGGAGAGCGGCGGGGGGGAGAGCGGCGGGGGUGAAAGGGGAUAGGGUGAACACCGCUAAACAGAACACCGCUAAACAGAACACCGCUAAACAGAACACCGCUAAACCGAGCGCUGCCACCGCGGCACGGGGGAAGGUCAACUUUGACCCCAGCGGCGGCCGUUCGGGCAGCGACGGGCAGGGCAGCGGCGAGGCCGACGGGCAGGCGCGCCGCCACUCGGAGCGGCAGUCGGAGGGGCAGUCGGAACGGCAGUUGGAACGCCAAUCGGAGCGGCAGUCGGAACGGCAGUUGGAACGCCAAUCGGAGCGGCAGUCGGAACGGCAGUCGGAGCGCCAAUCGGAGCGGCAGCCGGAGCGCCCCCCGCGGAGCCACCUGCUCUACAACUUCUUCCUGGGCAUCUACGAAAUCGACAACUACAUAUCGGCGUACCGGGACAUAUUCAGCGAGAAGGACAAGCCGCUGCUGCUGGUGUGCGGGUGGCCGGACAACAUACACCUGUUCCUCAAGCACCUGCAGGUGAACACGGGCAACUGGCUGCGGCACAGAAGGAAGAGGAGAAGGCGGCGCAGGCGCAGAAGGAAAAGGGAGGAGGGGCAGAAGGGGCAGAAGUUGCAGAAGGGGCAGAAGGGGCAGAAGUUGCAGAAGGGGCAGAAGGGGCAGAAGAUGCAGAAGAUGCAAACGGGGGGGACCGAGAAGGAGCAGCGUGGCGAACAGCGCAUUGUGCAUGUGAACAGCGCGGGAAGUGAUGGUUCUUGUAGUGACGACUCAGGUAGCGCCGCCUCUGGCAGCGACGACUCCGGGGACCACUCCUACGACGAGAGCGCCGCGCGGAGGAAAAAAAGGGCCGGCGGAAAAAUCAAAUACAACAUCAUCAUCCUGUCUCUGCAUGUGCCAAAGUUCAACUACGAGAACGACCUGAUGGACUUCUCCCAUAACGUGGCCUUCAUCCGGGGGUCAGCCCUGAACAGCACCAACCUGAUACAGGCCGGCGUGUUCUACGCGAAGAGGCUCAUCAUCUUCAACGCCAACCACAGCCUCUUCAUAGACAAAGACGCCUACCGGAUCGACAACGAAGUGAUCAUCAUAAAGAACGUCAUAUACCAGCUGUACAACAGCGUGCUGAAGAGCCGCUUUAAUUACAUGAAUUUGGUGAAGAGGGUCUUCAAAAGGGAGUUCAAGGACGCCAACAUUAACGAGAAGGUGUUCUCCGGCGAGGUCCCCUUCCAGCUGAACGAGAUGAUACGGGUGAAGACGUGCUCGUCGUCCGCUACGUCGUCCGGUACUUCCUCGGCUGCUUCGUCCGAUACCUCCUCCGCUGCCUCUUCCUCCUCUGCUUCCUCCCGCUGGGGCGGGCCGGCGCUGGCGCUGCGGGGGGAGGGCAAAACGCUGAACAUCUUCAACAUCAACCGGAACCCCUACCUCAUCUGCUUGAUCAAAAACUCGGAGAGCCUGGAGUACAUCGACGGAAGCAUCAACCUGUCCUACGAAAAUUACAACGACAAUGAAAAAAUGAACAAAAUCUGGGAAAACUGUGGAGAGUACAUAUACACAUUCGAACUCGUUUCUGCGAACAUUUUUGUAGAUGAGAUGUUACAUAAUUUGGUUUCCUUUUCCCUACCCAUAAGUAAGUACGCCAUUGAGUACUCAGUUAUUUAUUCCCUCAUUGGGAUUGACAUAAAUGAAUACUCCAAGAAUGCUAAGGCUUUCCACAAGAAUUUAAAGUUAUGUACAGGUCAGGUGAAUUUGAUUCCUAUCCCGUCAUACUUUUACAAGAAGAGUUUUUACAAGUGCUUCUCCUACUUCCUCCACAACAAGCAGUGCCUGUGCAUUGGAAUUUUGCGCUACAUGGACAUUUCGCCGCUGUGCAGGAAGUCCCGCAAGCUCUUCGUUCUGUCUUGCCCCUCCCGCACGAUGAAAAUUGAGCGCGACGACCAGGCCUACGUCAUCUCGUACAACAUGAAGUAA